AUGAUUGCAAAUGCUCAAGCCAGCCCUGAAGAGCCGGUGGCGCGACAGGUACGUCGUGAGAAAGGCAGUGGCAAGCCAGCCUGGUCAGCAUGGUCCGCUGCAAAGGAUUCGCAGGUGCCGGCCACUGGCUUCGAUGCCUUGGCAGGGCAGGGUGCACACUGGAACGAGGAGUUUCUGUGGCGUGAGAAUCGUCAACUUAGACACGAGGUUGAAUCGUGGCAAGCUGAAGCCGCAGCUCGACAGCGGGAAACUGCUGAACUUCGCUUGGAGGCUGCUCAACUUCAAGCAGAGCUCCAUGCAGAGCGUUCCAGAUCACAUCAACUUGCUGCCAAGUUGGAGGGUGCUCCAGCUUCAUCCUCGAGCUGUUUUCAGGCUUGUGACGAUGGAGGAUAUGCUCGUGGCUCCUUCGACACGGAUUGGCUUCGAGCGAAGCGUCUGGCUUCUGCCGCCUGGAUGGAUCCCACUCUGCAGAAAGGUGCUUCCCAAUCUUCUGAUUUGGCAACAAUGGCAACGCGGCAUGCGGGAGAAGUAGCAGAGCUGCAACUGCGUCAUUCCCUUGCCUUGCAGGAGUUGCAAAGUCAGGCUGACGUGGCGUUGGGACGCUCCAGAUUGGCGGAGGAGAGAGCUGCGCGGUUGGAGCGCAGCCAGGCACGACUGCUUCGAGCGCUAGAUCAGCAUUUCAAGGCACGCGCUGUAGCUCUGCCCUUUGCACUUUGGCGGGAGGCCGCCUUGCGCAGCUUCAGUGCGCAGCAAAAGUCCGCGUUGCUGAGAGGUGCCAGCAGACAGGCAGCCCAGGCUGUGUUGAGUGUCAUCACCAAAGCCGCCCGGCUGCUGCUGCAGUUUGCCUUUGAUGUAUGGAGAGUGUCCCUGGAAGUCGUGAGAACCGUCCAGGGGUUUGAGGUUGAACAUCAGAGUGUGUUGGCACGACAAGCCCGCGCUGAUGGUGCUCUGCUGCAGCUGGCCCUUCGCUGUGCCCGGAGGAGACUGCUGGGCCAAUGUGUGCGUCUUUGGUGCUCGCUUCUGCGCGGGAGAAUCGCCGAGCGGAUCGCCCGAUCCGGCAAGGACGAGCAGUCCGCAUGGCGACUGGAGCUCUUGCAGCACGUCUUCCGGGAGAAAGCCAAGGACUCUCAUGCCAACCUGGUCGUGUCUUGCUGGAAGGCCUGGCACCAAGCAGCCUGCCUGGCUUCAAGGGAGCGGGCUUUUGACACUGCUCAGUCACACGUGCUUCAUCUACAGGGGCGCUUGAGCGACCUUCGGCUUCUUUCAGUUGGAGCAUCAGUGCAGGUGCAAUCGCGGUUUCUGAUCCGUGCCUGCUUUGCUUCCUGGCAUCACUUCCGGUGCCUUCAGCAAGCCGUGGAUAGCCGAGAGGAGUUGCAGCAUCUCCGGGUUACCAUGUCAAAACUCUGCUACAGCCGGAAUUUCACGAUUCAACGCAUGGCAAAGAGAGCAAACGAGGGCGCUGCCGGGAUGUGUCUCAUCCUGGCUUGGCGAAUCUGGCGAAGAUUGCGCACCGAAGCAGCUGUGAUACAGGACUGCGAUGCAGUUCAGGUGCUUCUUCGACGGCUACAGGAGGAAUGGACCAGGCAGCAAGACUUGCAGCAGCAGCAGGAUGCGGCGGAGGAGCGAGACAGCAGCCGCUUGAAGCAGAUUCUGGAGCUUGAAGCAAAGUUCCAGGCUGCUUGCUUGCCAUCAGGCUCUCGGAUCUGGGCAAAGUUCCACAUACAUGAGCAUUGA